AAUGUGAAAAGAUUAUAUGCAGUUGCUAUCUUCCAGUUGAACUGUGACACAAAGGCUUCCUAUCUUUGUGGUUAAAUCGCCACUUUAGAAUCCUGAGGAUCAUCAUAUUUUGCUCUGCCUGUAAGACUACCAACCGGGGCGGAUGGAUGGCAUCUUGUAAUGUGUUUUCCUCUACGGUUUCUUCCCCUAUCCCUCUUCAUCCUUGUCUCCCGAAAUUCCUUUUUGUUGCUGUAAAUGUUUGAUAGUAAAGAUAGACCGAGACUCCUGAGAAAUCUGCUAGAGGAAAAGCUAGAAAAAGUGUAUCUAUAUAGCUAGGAAGAGAAUCCCUAAUAGAAUGUUAUGUUGGUGGUUGCUGGGCGGGUUUGCUUUCACUUCAAUGUUGUUUCUUAAGGUGGUUUGUGGUGGCUGACUUGUAAUUGCGGUCAUAUAUUCACUUUACUGUUUGUGCAAGCUUAAAAGUAAUGCAUUGUUCUCUUGUCAAUGUAUUGAUCUCCCUCUCACCCUUACUUCCGACGUGGUUUCCGCCCUUUUUUUCUCGGUAUUUCCAACUGAUUCCGGGCAACAAUAAGCCGAGUUUUGUGCCUGGAAGGAUUAUUUGGAAACUCAAAUGGUGCGUCUUCUCUCCUCAAAAACAUGAGGUAAAGAAUUUGCAACCAGUAAAAGGACAAGUCGUUUUCGAGUGGGUGAGUGUGUUGCAGAAAAGUCCAAAAGAGCGGCAGCCUCAAAAUUGGCGCCAUUAGACUCUAAGUAACAAUGAUUUGUCUACUCCAAACUGAACGCUGAUGAGAUUUCACAAAUCCACACCGUCCAUACUUCAAAGUCUCCAUAUCCAACGUCAAUAAAACAUAGCCAUAAGCACUAGAAACUCCUAAAGCCAACCCCACAAGGAGACAGUCUCUGUCACUUCCCAAAUCUCGAGCUGGCUUCCCAGUUUUACCAUCUUAAACCAAGUUUUGAUUUUUUGUUUUGUGAAGUAUUUUAUGUUCAUUGGUUUUCGAGGAAAGCAAUAAACGGUAAAGACUAAAGAGAGAUUCCAUAACUAGUGGUUGUUCACUUGUUCCAUCAAAUUCACGCUAUCUUUUAGGCUCUGCAAAUUUAGAGCAGUAAAAAGGUCCCUGAGCAAAGUUGUCUUCUUCUUGCUUUUUCUUCAUUCUCUGGUCCCUUUUUUCCUGCUGAAAAUGAAAAAGAAACUAGAGCUGCCUCUUGGGUUUUGCUUCUUCUACUUGUGCAUCCCAUUGGUCACAGCUUCUGACAGUUUGCUCUCCCCCAAAGGUGUCAACUUUGAAGUGGCUGCAUUGAUGUCAGUGAAGAAGGAGAUGCAGGAUGAGUUGCUUGUGAUGGGUGGGUGGGAUAUCAACUCAGUUGAUCCUUGCACUUGGAACAUGGUGGGUUGUUCUGCUGAGGGAUAUGUAAUCUCCGUUGCAAUGGCCAGCUCGGGUUUAUCCGGAAUGCUUUCGCCAAGUAUUGGGAAUUUGAGUCAUCUUCGGACAUUGUUGUUACAAAACAAUCAGUUGUCUGGUCCUAUCCCAACUGAGAUAGGGAGGCUUUCGCUGCUUGAAACUCUGGACCUUUCGGGUAACCAGUUUUCUGGAAACAUUCCGAGUUCUUUGGGGUUUCUGACUCAUCUAAGUUACUUGAGGCUUAAUAGAAAUAAUUUGAGCGGUCAAAUUCCUAGCCUUGUUGCUGAUCUCACAGAUCUUUCAUUCUUGGAUUUAUCAUUUAAUAAUCUUAGUGGGCCCACGCCAAAAAUACUGGCGAAAGGCUACAGUGUGACAGGGAACAGCUUUCUUUGCAAUCCUUUGUCAGCAGACUCAACACGAAUCUGCGUGGAUGUGUCAAAACCAGUAAACGACACAGGUUCACCACCGAAAGUCAGUGACCACCAUCGAUGGGUACUUUCUGUUGCUCUAGGCAUUAGUUGUACAUUUGUUAUUUCAGUGAUGCUGCUUGUUUGUUGGGUGCAUUGGUACAGAUCUCGUCUUCUAUUUACAUCUUAUGUGCAGCAAGAUUAUGAAUUAGAUAUAAGUCAUCUAAAGAGGUUCUCCUAUCGUGAAUUACAACUUGCAACGAGCAGUUUUAGUUCUAAAAACAUCCUAGGACAAGGUGGAUAUGGAGUCGUUUAUAAAGGAUGUCUUCCUAAUAGGACACUGGUGGCAGUUAAGAGACUUAGAGAUCCCAAUUUCACUGGAGAAGUUCAGUUCCAAACUGAAGUUGAAAUGAUAGGCUUGGCUUUGCAUCGGAACCUUUUACGUUUAUUUGGAUUUUGUAUGACAACAAACGAGAGGUUGCUUGUUUAUCCUUAUAUGCCAAAUGGGAGUGUUGCUGACCGGUUAAGAGACACUUGUCGAGAUAGACCAUCAUUGGAUUGGAACAGAAGACUGUGUAUCGCCCUUGGGGCUGCCCGUGGACUUGUAUACUUGCACGAACAGUGUAAUCCAAAAAUUAUUCACAGGGAUGUCAAAGCUGCAAACAUUUUGCUUGACGAAAGUUUUGAAGCUGUAGUUGGGGAUUUUGGUCUUGCUAAACUGUUAGAUCAGAGGGAAUCACACAUCACUACCGCAGUGCGGGGCACUGUAGGACACAUAGCACCGGAGUAUCUCUCCACAGGACAGUCUUCUGAAAAGACAGAUGUUUUUGGAUUUGGGAUACUGCUUUUGGAGCUCAUAACAGGGCAAAAGGCAUUAGAUGCUGGAAAUGGUCAAGUUCAGAAGGGAAUGAUUCUUGAUUGGGUUCGAACCUUACAUGAGGAGAAGAGGCUGGAAGUGCUAGUAGACAGGGAUCUAAAAGGAUGUUUUGAUGCAACUGAGCUUGAAACAUGCGCAGAGUUGGCUCUGCAGUGUACUCAGUCAAGCCCCAACCUCCGGCCAAAGAUGUCAGAUGUCCUAAAGAUCUUGGAAGGCCUUGUUGGGCAAUCAGUACAAACAGAAGAUCCACAAGGUGGCACCAACCCUUCUGAGGCCAGGACUUACAGUUUCUCCAGGGAUUACAGCGAUGUUCGGCAAGACUCUUCAUUCAUCAUCGAAGCCAUUGAGCUUUCUGGACCUCGGUAACAACAUGACUAUCAAAGUGCAACUGUAUAUGAGUUUUGCAUUGUACUGGAGUAGUAUUUACUAAUACCAGUCCAUAGAAACAAGGCCAACUCACCAUCUGAAAACUCAGACUUUUCCUAAACAAACAAAGUGAGCACAUCACCAUAAAAAGGUUAGCUGUCAUGGCUAGGGUCCUACCCUCCUACCAAUGAUUGAGAGCCUUGGAAUAUAGUCCACUGAGUUGUACCGCAUGCCAUUGCCAGCACUUGCUUUCCUUGUCAAGCUCAAAGUACUUAAUACUAUUCGGGGUACAUGAUGUGUACAUAUACUUAUCUGGUGGGUAGAGUGCUUCUGGGCCACCCUUCAUGAUUCAUGUGCAGAAUUCUCAUGGUUUAGGUCAACAUAUACCCGGUAUCCCAUUAUCUUCUACAUUACUUCAUUCUAUGAGUUUUAUGGGUCUGGGUUGUUGAGAGAAUAGCCAGUUUGUGGCACAGACAAAUUUGACUCCGGUAAUCUUUGCAAUAAUUGCUGUUGUUGUGUAUCUUAAUCAGAUAGAUCUUUUUAAGGGAAAAUUGUACUAUCACAUCAUGGCCGCUAAUUCAUCCCAUUCAUUGUGUCCACACUUUUUGCCUCUACUCCAAAAGAGGAGCUAGAAAAAAUGAAAAGUGAAACAGCUAUAUGAAUCAUGCUGAAUUUACUUGGUCAAGGAAUGAAUGAAUAAGUGGAAUAUGCAUCAAAAGUAUAACCUAAUCCACUCAGUAUUGCUUCAGGGAUCUUUCUUUGAAACAAAGCUCUUUAAUUUAAAGCAUUCUUCUUCAAA